AUGUCAAGUGUAUCAUCAACAUCGCCCCAUCAAGCAGCAAAUUCACCAAUAAAUCAAAUAUCAAAUUUUAAUGAUACAGGUGAUUAUAAUCAAAACCAGCAACAACCAAUACCACCAUUAGAUAAAGAAACUUUACAACAUGUUUAUCAAUUAGUAAAAGAUUUAACUAUCCCAGAAAAAAGGGAAAACGCACUUGUAGAUUUAAGUAAAAAGAGAGAAAGUAUACCAGAUUUAGCACCAAUUUUAUUAAAUUCAUUUGGAACUAUUGCUGCACUUUUACAAGAAAUCGUUUCAAUUUAUCCAUUAUUAUCACCACCAAAAUUAAAAGCAUUACCAUCAAAUCGUGUUUGCAAUGCAUUAGCCCUACUUCAAUGUGUAGCUUCACAUCCAGAUACUAGAACAUAUUUUUUACAUUCACACAUUCCAUUAUUUUUAUAUCCAUUUUUAAAUACAUCAAGCAAAAAUAGACCUUUUGAAUAUUUAAGAUUAACAAGUUUAGGUGUUAUUGGUGCAUUGGUUAAAGUGGACGAUUCAACUAUUAUUGACUUUUUAUUAUCAACUGAAAUUAUGACAUUAUGUGUUAGAAUUAUGGAAACUGGUUCGGAAUUAUCAAAAACUGUUGCAACUUUUAUUGUUCAAAAAAUAUUAUUAGAUGACAUGGGUUUAAAUUAUAUUUGUUCAUCAAACGAAAGAAUUUUGGCAUUUAUUUCAGUAUUAGGUGGUAUGAUUAAUCAAUUGGUAGAAAUUCCAGCCCCAAGAUUAUUAAAACAUGUUAUUAGAUGUUAUUUAAGAUUAGCUGAUCAUCCAAAAUCAAAAGAAGCAUUAAGACAAUAUUUACCAGAAGCAUUAAAAAGUGGUAUAUUUAAUUCCCACUUAAAAGACGAAAAAGAUUUUACAACUAAAAGAUGGUUAUCUCAAUUAUUAUUUUUAUUAGGCGAUCCAAGUCAAGCCAAUGCAUUCAAUCCAAAUUUAAAUCCAUCCAUCAAUACUCCACAACUUUCCGCCCCAUUAAGUAAUAUUAGUGCUGCUAUUAAUCAAUCUUUAAGUAGAAACUUAAAUAUGGGUAAUCUCCAUUAA